AUGACAAAAUCCGUGGAUCUGCCUGUUGAAGAGUUGACAUUCAGGGAUGUGGCUGUAGAAUUCUCUCCAGAAGAGUGGGCAUGCCUUGACAGUACUCAGCGGAAUUUGUAUAGGAAUGUGAUGUUAGAGAAUUACAGAAACCUGGUCUGUCUGGGUCUUGCUGCCUCUAAACCAGACUUGAUCCAGUGUCUGGAGCAAAAGAAAGAGCCCUGGAAUGUGAAGAGAGAGGACACAACAGCAAAACACCCAGGUCUUGCUGCCUCUAAACCAGACCUGAUCAAGUGUCUGGAGCAAAAGAAAGAGCCCUGGAAUGUGAAGAGAGAGGACACAACAGCAAAACACCCAGGUAGGUGA